AUGGAGAAAAGCUCCCACGCGGUGGUGAUUUCUGAAGUUCCCCCCCCCACCCGGCAAAAGGCGUUGCGGCGCAUCAGCAUCAGCCUCGUCCCGCGUAGCUGCAAGGGCGUCCGGCCGGCUCGCCCGGACCGCGGCUCCCAGCCCCGGCUGAGCCAGGCUCUCCGAAACUGUGCAGCGCCUGCCGUAGCUGCGUUACGGAGCGUCCUUUCGCGCUCGGCGUUUUCCAGGCCCGGAAAAAAACGUCUCCCGUCAACGAUUACCAGGCUGCUCAUCGCUCUGUGCUUACGAAUGCCAGGUUUCUGUAGAAGUAUACUUCUGUCUCAGACUCCAGGACAUAUUUUAGCCCAAACUAACAACAAAACAGAAAUCUUCUGUCGCGUGAAAAAAGACCACUCUGGGGUGUACUGGUACCGGUGGAACGAGGAGAGGCAACAUUUCCAGUUCUUGGUAUUUUUAAACCCGCUGGGCAAAACCACAUAUGGCACAAACAUUGGCAGGGAGAAGUUUAGCGUCCAUGGAGGGAGUUCUCAAAACUCCUACAACCUGCAGAUCCACCACCUCCAAGCUUCAGACAAUGGCACGUAUUACUGCACCGUCUCCGAGUCCUCGGAGCUCAUCCUCGGCAGUGGGACAAGGCUCGGUGUGGUUGAUGUUUUGCCUCUGCCUCCGAAGUCCACUCGAGCACCACCCUCCAAAAAGCCCACGCGGUGUAUCACCAAAAGCAGACCUGUCGACAAGAAAGGUGGCUGCAGCGCCUUCGUCUGGGUCCCACUGGCCACGUGCACCCUCACCCUGCUGCUCUGCCUGGCUGCCAUCGGCCACCGCUUUCACCGGCUGCGGAGGAGGCUGUGGCUUCGCGUCCACAGGCAGUAA